AGUUAAAAUCUUUCGUUAAAACGUAAUUUACUUUUUUUUGUUAAGUGGUGAACUAUGUCCGAAAUAACAAAAUAAAAUGCCUGUGAACGACUUGCCACCAGAAGAAACAAAGUCUACAUCAUCUUCAUCUGAUUCCGCUUCGAUCGAACAGCUUCCAUCAAGUCUCAGCAGUAUAUCAUUACAUGAAGACGAUUUUGGAACUGAAACAGUAUAUCAACCGCUCGUCAUUCCGAGGGAACCUAAACUGGAUGAAUUGCUACGUAAAGUGUCCGGAUCGCAAGACCUUCAUAGAUUGACUGAAGUAAACCUUAAAUUGUCUUCCACUAUGGUAUGCAUACAAAGACUGGAAGUGUUCCUACCGAAUUUGGUCUCGCUGAAUUUGGAUGGAAGUUCUUUGAAUUCGUUACGUGACUUAGGAACAGGACUUGUGAUUAAAUAUUUAAAUGUAAGCCGUUGUGGACUAACCAGUUUGGACGGAACGAAUGGGCUGGCCAGUUUAAUUCAUUUGGUAGCUGAAUCAAAUGCAAUUCGAGAGGUGUCACCAAUAUUUAAUUUAAAUGACUUGAGGAAGCUCAACCUACGUGGAAAUCUUAUUGAUAAUUUCGGAACAGUUAGCUUCUUAUCAAUGUGUCCGGAGCUGAUAGAAGUUGAUUUAAUCAGCAAUCCCGUCUGUUACCUGAAUAAUUAUAGGAAUGAAGUUAAAUCCUUUGUGCCCAACUUGGUUCUACUUGACGGUACUCCGUUCAAUAGUCUACCCAACGACGGAACUUGUGAGACAGGAAACACAUCAUCCGAGUUUAGUUCAUUAUCUGACCAAACCCGAAGUGAUGUGUCCAACAAUGAAAUAGUUACGAUAAAUCAUCAAUUACCCCGACCAAACAGUUUCGGUAACAUAAACAUGACCGACAACAAAACUAUCCGAAUUAAUCGACCAUCAACGGCCGACCCAAUAAAUCCUUCAACAAGCAGAAAUUUAUCGUCAGGUGAACCGGUUUGUGGUAAUGUAAUUUCACGCAUUCGAUUUAAUCGAAAGCACAAACGACCCGCAUGGAUUGCAUCCGAUACAUCGUCAUCGGUAUCGAGUGGCAGUGAUUCAAUAUCUUCAAGAGAAUUUCCGGAAGUACUUCCCCAGCAAUCGUUCGAUUUGGAAUUGGGCGUGUUAGGGAUGGUCGGUAGUGAAUCCGAUCCGAAUCGUUUAUCCGAAAACGACGAUCAUGCGAAACUAUUGCGUGUGGCUAAGACGUGGAGGAGAAACAAAAAUUUGUCGAUGUUGGGUCGAGAGGAAAAGUGAGUUCGGUGGGUGCGUAGAAAAAUUUGUUCGAGUUUGUAGGGCGAAAAUAUUCAUUUUAUGCACUCAAACCGGUGGUUUUUGCAUUCUCAUUGCGGAAACUCGAGUGAAUUUCCACAAUUUUCUAUUUUGAUUCAAUUGGUUGGUUAGCGUAAAAUAUUGUUGGUUCUUUGUUGCUAUAAAAUAAAA